AUGUCCAAGAAAUAUAUGUCCCGCCCGCCAUAUUGUUUUGGUGAUAUCCCUGAUUAUUCUACUCCGCCAAUGACAGUGGAGGAAUACCAAUAUUACGAACGAGAGUUUUUUGGAUUUUUGGAAGACAAAACAACCCAAAAACCGAUCGAAGAGGGAGCUGGCUUUAUCCAAAGAUUCUUGCAGUUUACAGGAAUUUCAAAGAUCACCAAAUAUGAAGAUAAAGUAUCAGGCAUCAAGUUCGAUACUCAACAAUAUAACAACGGUCAACUUGAUGGAGCAACAAGUGACAAAUUGGACUGCUUGAUACAAUCUGGUAAAACAACUCCUCAACAAUCUACCAAAAGAGUUGUGAGGACAGAAGAUAAAGCCACACAGACUGAUGGUGUUAUUACUUGUGAGCAGGAAGUUCAAACUAUUAGACCGAAAAGACGAGGUUUAAAGUCUAUGAGGCGAUUCUUCCGAUCCUGCAAGUGCUUCAAAACCGAAGAGUAG